UUUGGGUCCUCCUGAAGAGGACAAGUCCACAGAGCAGGCCGAGGCCAGCUCCCUGUCCCAGCCCGUGCUGACCCGGCCGCCCUCCCUCUCUGCGUCCCCGGGAAUGACAGCCAGACUCACCUGCACCCUGAGCAGGGACAUCAGUGUUGGCGGCUCUAACAUCGACUGGAUCCAGCAGCAGCCAGGGAGCCCUCUCCGGGAUCUGCUGUACUACUCCUCAGACUCCGAUAAGCACCAGGGCUCCGGGAUCCCUGGCCGAUUCUCGGGCUCCAAAGAUCCCUCGGCCAAUGCGGGGCUUCUGCGCAUCUCGGGGCUGCAGGCCGAGGCCGAGGCGGACUCUCACUGGGCUACAGCUCACGGCA